AUGAGACCAGUAGGAUUUUAUAACAUAUUUACAUACUAUGACCUUGGAAUAACUUAUCUCAAAGAAAUUCUGCAGCAAGAUGUAUACAAAAUUGAACCAAGAAACACAAAAGGUCACAGAAAACACAAUGUAGUAGUACACAAGUUAAUUUCACAAUUAGUGCCUCUAAAAAAAGAAUUAAAAGAAGACCAACAAAAAAAUAACAUUUUACAAAAUAAUCAAAUUGAAAAUAAUAAUAAUACAACUAACAAACUAUAUGAACAAACAGGUAUUAAAUGCCAAUGUAGAGUUACAAAUAAUAAUGAAAAAAUAUUUCUUAAAGAAUUACUUAAAUUUGAUAUCUUUUCUGAAGACAAAACUAUCAAAAUGUUAGAAAAAAUUUAA